GUACAAAGUGCCAAAUCCGGGCGCCAUGGACGUGCGGGCCAAAGAGUCUGGAGACAUGCGGGACCUCAUCGCUGAGCGCUUCGCUGGUGCAUAUGAGGCCCAGCUGAAGCAGCUAACGAAGCAGGCGGCCUACGAGCAGCAGACGUUGCAGGGGGACAUCGAGGCCUUGCGCCAGGCCGCCUUCAACGCGCAGCAAGAUGCAGCGCAGCACCGGGCAAGGGUCCACGCAGCCUGCCAGGAGUUGGGCGCGCGCUCCUUGGGCGCCAACGCCUUGCGCCACGAGCUCUGGCAGCUGCGCGCGCAGGGCGCCCAGGCGGCGCGGGGCCUGGCGCAGCAGCGGGGGCUCUUGGCGCAGGAGGCGCAAAGGGCCAAGGAGCUGCGGAGCCAGGUGUCGGAGGAGGGCCUCGCGCUGCGCCGCAGCUGCGCGGAGGCGGAGCAAAGGCUCAGGCACGAGGAGCAGGUCUCCUCGCUGCUGGGGCGGCAGUUGACUGCGGCGCUGAGGGAAAGGGACGCGGAGGCGCAGGCGGCUCAGGAGUUCGCCGCCAGGGAGCAGGCCAAGCUGAGACGCGGCUUGCGGGUUUCCGCACGACCAGGAGGCGCUUUCAAAGCGGGACGCGGCGCGAGAGGCCCUGCGGAAGCAGGAGGAGAACACCAGGUGCAUCCUAGAGGAGGCAAUGCGGCUGCUGCAAGCGGACCUCAUCAUACCUCCCUGAGACCUGCCCGCCUGCGAAGCCGAAGAUCGGCGACUGUGUCUGAAAGCGGCGAAGGGGCAUCGAAGCGGCAGUUUCCGAGCUCUUGGACUUCUUCUUGGACAUGGGCAGCAGCAGUUGGCAGGGGUAGACUUAGGAUACAUUUUUACAUUUUAGUGACUCCACGUGAAGCAAACCAUAAAUAAUUGGGUGC